AUGGCGUCCAUGCUCUGCUGCUCCCCGGUGCCCGCGGCGACCGCAGGCCACGGCGCCGCCGGCGGUGGCGUGGUGCAGCCGUUCGCGCCGCGGAGGAAGGCGCACGUGUGCCCGGCGGCGCCGGCCGUAGCCAUGAAGGAUGAUCCCUCCUCGGCGUCGUCGUCGCCGGCGGGGGUGGCGGCCGUUUCUCCUUGGUGCUGUGACGGUGGCGGCGCGGUAGACGGUGCCGAGACGACGACGACGACGAGUUUGGCACCGGCGAAGAAGAAAAAGAAGGCGGCGGCGGCGAGGUGGAGGCCGCCGAGGCUGGUGGUGCCCGCAGUGGCUGACGCCGACGAGGCUAUGGUGCGGGAGGCGAUGGCGAUGGCGGCGGCGGCGGCGGCGAGGGCGGAGAAGGAGGAGGUGGUGGUGGAGGGAGAAGGGUUUUGGUUGGCGAGUAGGAGAGGAGCGAGGCAUGCAAUGGAGGAUGGCUAUGGAGUGAUCACUCACAAAAUUGCGGGAGAUUCCCAAUUGGCGUUCUACGGUGUCUACGACGGCCACGGCGGCCGCGCGGCCGUGGACUUCGUCGCCGGCCGCCUCGGCAGCAACGUCGUCGCCGCCGCCGCCACCGCGGCGGCGGAGAAGCAAAGAUCAGAUGACGACGAAGCAUCGUCGUCGUCGUCGUCGCCGCCGGCGGCGGCGGCCGACCACGUCGCGGCGGCGAUCAGGGCGGCCUACCUGGCCACCGACGGCGACUUCCUGAGCCAGGGCACAAGAGGCGGUGCAUGCGCCGCGACGGCGCUGGUGAUCGACGGCGACCUCUACGUUGCCAACCUCGGCGACUGCCGCGCCGUGCUGAGCCGCGACGGCGCCGCCACCGCCCUCACCUCCGACCACACGGCGGCGAGAGACGACGAGAGAACCCGCAUCGAGACCUCGGGCGGGUACGUGAGCUGCGGUAGCAGCGGCGGCGGCGGCGGCGUGUGGCGUGUGCAGGACUGCCUGGCCGUGACGCGGGCGUUCGGCGACGGCGGCCUCAAGCGGUGGGUGGUGGCGGAGCCGGAGGUGACCAGGACGGCGCUCGCCGCCGGCUGCGAGUUCCUCGUCAUCGCCUCCGACGGCCUCUGGAACAAGGUGCCCAACCAGGAGGCCGUCGACGUCGUCGCCGCCGCCGCCGUCCACUCCGUGGACUCGUGCCGGCGGCUGGUGGACAUGGCGCGGCGGAGAGGGAGCAGAGAUGACAUCACCGUCAUGGUCGUCGACCUCAAGAGGUUUCUCAGCUGCUGAUCGAUGAAUCGCUGACUGAUUAAUUACCAACUAACCUUAAUUAGUUAGGAGUUCAAUUAAUUAAUUGAUGUGUUAAUUGAGAGGUGUGAAUUAAUGCAAGAGUUUGCAUCUUGCACAGAUCGAUGGCAUGCAUAUGAGAAGAUUGUAAAUAUGUAGCCUCUUUUGUUUGAUGCUUUUCCUUUUACAUUUUUUGAGGCAAUAAUUUUUUAAUGUACAUGCAUGUACUAUAUUUCUAGCUAGGAUGUAGUAUGAUGAGCUAAUAGCAAUGAGGCACUACCUCUCCUUUUGUAAAUAUAAUACAU